AUGCAGGUGAAUGCCAACGAUGCUACUGGGCGACAUGCAAAUCGGCAGGAGCCUGGGACUUCCGUGACGAACGGCUCUUCCACAUCAAACGCAACCGGCUCAACAAAACCGGAUGCCGCAGAGGUGUCGGGGGUGGAGACAAACGCAGCUGGAGACUUGGAAACCUUCUUGACGGGACUCGUCACGAACUCUGGAAUGGUCGCCGCGUGCAUGGUGGGUUUCGUUGUCCUCCGAAGUCGUUAUCCUCUCAUCUUCUCCUACAACUGCGAGCGGAGCCCCGAAGAGAUUCGAGUUCCAGACACGCCCGCUAAUGACUGGAGCUCAUGGACCACAGCUUCUCUGGCCAAGACGCAUGCUGAGCAUGUGAAGUAUGCCGGCCUGGAUCAUGCCAUGCUGCUGGAGUUCACUGAAAUGUCCAAGCGGAUAUUGUGGCGGAUCGGGAUCCCCAUGCUCGUGGUCAUGGGGACUCUGAACUUCUUCUUCGGUCAUGGUGAAGCCGAGAAGACGAGUCAACCGCCCCUGGUGUUCGCUUCCACUGUCCAGAAACCUCUAAAAAUCAUGGCCAGCUUUGCUCCUUUCGACAUGGAGGCCCAGAGGGGAUACUCAGACUUUCAGGGCAUCGGCGAGAAGCAGAUGCGCCUGGGCUUCAUCCGGAAGGUCUACGGAAUCGUUGCGUGCCAAGUGGCGGCCACAGCCCUCACGGCUGCCUUGUGCGCGGGCCCGUUCCGUCCCACAAUCGUCGGCUUCGUUGUGCACUGGCCCUCUGCCUUCAAGUGGGGAUCUCUGUUGGCUACUGGUUUGGCCCUCUUCAUCUGCUAUGCAGGCAAGAACUCUUACCCCUUGAACUUCUUCGGCCUUACCUUUCUGACUGCCGUCAUGUCCCUGGAUGUUGGCGUGAUGGCUGCCGUUGCAAGUGCCAUGGGGAUGGGGGCCUUGGUGGCGCAGGCCGCGGUCAUCACCGCACUUCUGGUGACGGGGCUCACGAUCUACACCUUCCGCUCCAAGCGCGACUUCUCAUUCCUUGGCGCGGCUCUGUGGCCGCUGACCUUCGGCCUCUUUGCCUUCGGCCUGCUGAGCUGCUUCUUCCCAUCCCUGCACACGGGCAUCCUCGGCCUCAUCGUCUCCUUCGCAGGUGCCGCCAUCUUCUGCGCAUAUCUGGUCUACGACACCUGGCGCAUCGCCAACGAGCUCCAGGUGGAUGACUAUGUGGAGGGCGCCAUCCAGCUGUACAUGGACAUCAUCAACCUCUUCAUGUACAUCCUUGACAUCCUAAUGCAGCUCAACAAGGGGCAGAACGUGCAACAACUCUUGACUGUGGUCAUGGGGAUCGCAUUUUGGUCGAUUCAGCCAUUUGUAGCCGGCAGUGACGCUGCCACGGCAGCUGUUCCCUGCUGCAGCAGUGCUGUCCGCUUUGCAAACUUCGACGUUGACAGACUAGUGAGCCUUCCUGUCGAGGUUGGAGACAACCUCAGCCGAAUUGCGAUGGGCAAUGUUUCCCAGGGCCACCCGUGGCUGUUCUAUGUGUAUGGGCCCGUCACCAUCCUCGUGGUCUGGGUCGUCCGAAAGGAAACCAUGAGCUCCAUGCGUAUGUUUUGCAAGUCUCGAUUCAUUUGGCUGAAGCGCCUAGAGAUCCCGCAGGCCUCGACCGUAAUGGUCGAAGGCAUCCCCGACGAGUACCAGUCGGAUGAGAAAGUCCAGGAGUACUUCAGCCGAAUGUUCAGCGCCGGUGACUUGAAGGCCGUCCACAUUUGCAAGAAUAUGCCCGAGUUAGAGGCAGUCUAUGCCGAGCUCCAGGCGGCGGUGUCCGCCCUGGCAAAAGUGGAGCAGGAGUGGGCGAACGAUGGUCAGCCGGCCGACAAGCGGCCAACAGUGAAGCCGCUGAUGGGCAGCUCGCAAGAUGCCAUCGAUUACUGGAAAGCGAAGGUCGAGGAGAAAAAGCAGGAAGUGGUGCAGUAUCGUGAAAGCGUCACGAAGGAUGCCAAAGCAGGGGCCGGCGGAGUGAACGGGCACUCUGGCUUCGUGACUUUCACAGACUGCCGGAACGCCCGAGUGGCCGCCAGCACCAAGUUCUCCGCUGACCGGACGACCUGGCUCGUCUCGCAGGCCCCGGCACCGCAGGACAUCAUUUGGUCGGACAUGAAGGUGAAUGUGGACCUCCGAACCGCCAAGCGGCUGAUUGGAUACGGGCUGGUGUUUGGCUUGUAUGUGGCCUUCACACCGUUCUGUCUGUUUAUCACCAAUCUGGCGACGACUAUCAACCUUGGCCCAUUUCAGUCCCUUUGGGCUGCAUACGCCCCAACAUUGGGCUUGCUGAUCUUCCUCUCGUUUGCGCCCACUGUUCUGAUCAACAUCUUCUCCUGGCUCUUCAACCUCAAGUCCGAGGUAUGGUCGCAACUGGAGCUGCAGAACUGGUAUUUCUGGUUCAUGGUCUUCUUUGUGAUAGGCGUCACUGUGGUCGGUCAGGACUUCGUGAACUUCGUGCGACAGGUUGCCGAAGAUCCUCUGAAGCUUCCCAUGGUUUUGGCGGAGAAGAUGCCAUCCUCCACCCACUACUACCUCAACUUCCUAGCGCUGCAGUGGGUCACACAUGGGAUGAACCUGACCCGCUAUAUCCAGGUGACCAAGUUCGUGGCCGCAUCCAAGAUCUGGAGCGAGCAGGACGCCCGCGAGCUGUCAGAGCCGGAGGACCAGGACUACUACGGCAUAGGCUCGAGGAGCGCGAGGUUUACCAUCAACCUGCUCAUUGCCAUGAUCUUCGGCACCAUCUCGCCACUAAUGUCCCUACUAGCCUGGCUGAACUUCUUCAUUUGUCGCGUCUUUUAUGGAUACCUUUUCGUCUAUGCAGAUUCUCCUUGGCAGAUAGCUGCAUUGAGUGGAGAUUGCCGGAGCGCACUCAACUAG